GUGCGGACGGUGCGUCCUGUACGUCAGCUCUGCGCUGUUACGCAAACUGUACGUGAGCCACGCUACGCGGCAGACUUUAGAAUUACGUAAGCACCUCACCGCCUUGGCUCUUCUCAAAAAACACAACUGUGCUUUUGAAAUUACAACUAUGGACCCAAGUACAAAGGAAACCGAGAAACACUGCGUCCUCUGCUGUCAAGAAAUCGACAUCUUCGCCUUAGGAAAAUGUGACCACCCGGUGUGUUACCGUUGCUCCACUAAAAUGCGGGUGUUGUGCGAGCAGAAGUACUGUGCAGUGUGCCGAGAGGAGCUAGAUAAGGUGGUAUUUGUAAAGAAACUAGAAAGCUUUUCAUCUCUACCCUAUCAGAAGUUUCCAUGUGAUAAAAAUCAUGACAUAUAUUUUAAGGAUGAGAGACUCUUUGGACAGUACAGACACCUUUUGCUGCCAGAAUGUAUUCACUGUCCAGAGCCAAAAGGCUUCUCAAAGUUUGAAGAACUGGAACAGCACAUGAGGAAGCAGCAUGAGCUUUUUAGUUGCAAACUGUGCUCAAAACAUCUCAAGAUCUUCUCCUACGAGCGCAAAUGGUACACCCGAAAGGAACUGGCCCGUCAUCGAACUCAAGGAGACCCUGAUGACACAAGCCACAGAGGACACCCGCUUUGCAAGUUCUGUGAUGAACGAUAUCUAGAUAAUGAUGAACUGCUUAAACACUUGCGCAGAGAUCAUUACUUCUGUCAUUUCUGUGACGCAGAUGGAUCACAAGAAUACUACUGUGACUACCAGUACCUGAGUGAACACUUCAGAGAGAGCCACUAUCUGUGUGAGGAGGGCCGUUGCGCUACAGAGCAGUUCACUCAUGCAUUUCGUUCAGAGAUUGACUAUAAAGCUCAUAAGGCUGCAGCGCACAGUAAGAACCGAGCCGAGGCACGCCAGAACCGCCAGAUCGACCUGCAGUUCAACUUGGCCCCCAGACAACAAAGACGAAAUGAGGGUCAAGUGACAGGUGAAGACUAUCAAGAGGUGCAUCAUAAUCGAGGAAGAGGACGAUUUCAGGGGGCACAAAAGAGCUGGAGAUAUUCCAGAGAAGAGGAGGACCGAGAUGUGGCAGCAGCCAUGAGGGCAUCUUUAGCAAUGCGCCGUCAGGAAGAGAGGGGGGCCAUGAAAGACAGGGGAGCUUCAAAGGUAAAGGAGAGGGCAGAGAGAACUGAUCCAGAGGAACCACGAUCUAGGACAGGCCCUGUAAAUCCCACAGCCAACAUGCCUCCAGUAAAAACCAUGAAAAGCACAAAUCCUGGAGAUGAAGAUGACUUUCCCGCUUUGGGAGCCACGGCAGCAAUAUCAAUUGUGAAGCCUGUUUCUGCCCCAACACCACCUGCAUCUCAUGCCCGUCUUAAAGAAGACGACUUCCCAAGUUUGUCUGUGGGCAAUGUUUCUACACCCAUGGCUCCAGCCUACUCAGCUCAACCUAAAAAGACUUCAUCAUUCCAGGACGAGGAUUUCCCUGCUCUUGUUUCUAAGAUUCGGCCUGUCAAACCCUCAACAGGAACUAAUUCUGCUUGGUCCAGCCAAGUUGCUGCCCCUAAAACCCACCCCCCUGCUCCCACUACACCUGCUCCCAUCUCCCCAGGUCCUCAGCUUCUCUCUUCCACGAGCGUGUCAUCCUCCAAGAGGAAAAAGAAGGUAGGAGAGAGUGGCAAAGCCCCAGUUAACUGGUCUCCUCCAAACUCAGAUGAAGAAAGUGGCGGCUUGACACAGCAGGAGUUUCGGGCAGUGCCCACCAUGUUGGAUAUUUCCUCAUUGCUCACUGUAAAAGGAAAUGGUAAUAAUAAAAAGCCUCACCCUCAAAAGCCUCCAAACUUGACCACCAACUUGGACCCUAUGCCUAUGGCUAAAGACAAAAAAGAAAACAACAAAAAGAAAAAACAACAGAAGAACAAUGCAGUUUCGUCAGCUCUGACAUCAGGGACGGAAAAGGCAUCCAUGACAGAGUCCUGUCCUGUGGAAACUGCUGCCCAAAAGGAAAAUGUUCCUGAGAAAACCCAGAUCAAGCCUAGUUUAGCUAAUGGCUAUCCUGAUAAAUCCCCAUCUACAAACAAGAAAGUUCCUGGUGUAACUGCCACAAACACUGACCAAACAACUGAACAAGAGGAAGAAUUUCCUGCCCUCACAGCACAGAAACCACCACCAGGCUUCAAGACCUCUUUUCCAAUAAAGGCUUCAAAUCCUCCUCCUGUGCCUGUAGCCCCAAGUCCACCUCCUGGUCUGGGGAGUACUGGGCCUAAGCCUCCUCCAGGAUUCACUGGCAUUCCUCUAAACAGCAAUGUGCCUGAGCCUUCCUCCUCUAACAGCCCUUCAGUGGCAUCAGGAGGAUACCACAUCCCAGAAGACUUCAAACAGAGAAACAUGGACCUGAUCUUGUCGAUUAAGAAAUACCUUCACAAUGAUGAGUCAAAGUUCAACCAGUUCAAAAACUACUCUGCACAAUUCAGACAGGGUGUCAUUUCAGCAACGCAGUACCACCACAGUUGCAAGGACCUGCUCGGAGAGGACUUCAACCGCAUCUUCAAUGAACUGCUCGUGCUUUUGCCAGACACAAGUAAGCAACAGGAGCUGCUCACUGCCCAUGGAGACAGCAGAGCGAUGGAGAAGCAGACCGGGGGAGGCAAGAAAAAUAAGAACAAAAAGAAUCCAUGGCAAACUCCUCCCACUAUUUCUAAUGCUGCUGCUGAACUGGACUGCCAGAUUUGUCCCACUUGUAGACAGGUGCUGGCUCCCAAAGACUUCAACUCCCACAAGUCCUUGCACACGAUGGAGAGUGAGGAGUUCCCUUCACUCCAGUCAAUUAGUCGUAUCAUCAGCUAGCCCUUGCUGUUCUAAAGACUAACUAGGGUUAGUCUGGCUAACUAUCAGAGGCUUAAAGUCGCUGCUUUCUCAGCCAACCACAUCCCAGUGGAGACCGGGGCUUACGUGGAGAGUGAGUGGAGGGUGAUUGGAGUUGUAGUGAUGCUACAGUGAACAGGUUUUGGGUGGUUUGCUCUACAAAGAGGCUCUGCUUUUAGACACUUUCUGUGGUGACCUUUCCAGCUGGUACUGGCAUCAUCAAAUCAGAGUUCAUUAUUUAUUGAGUUUGGAAAAUUAUGACUUUUAUUUACAUAAUGCUUACUAAUACAUUACAUUUUGUUUAUUUCUUUUUUGCUUUUAACUCUGUAACUCUGAUGGUGAUAUUAUUCGAUAUAAACCAAGUGAAUCGCUGGAAGGGUUAUGAACAAACAGAAACAAAAUGGUUUACACUUUUAUAUAGUUUCUCUUCAGAAUUCCCUUUGUUCUCCAUAUCACACUGAUAAACAAACCUGUGAAUGUUUGGAGCUCAUAGUGGGGACCUUUCUUUGACCCUUUUACAUAAGGCCUUGUCUCAUCAUCUCAGGACCCUCACUCUGCACUGCUGCUCACCCCCGACCCGCAUGUGUUUUUGGGUCCAUGGAUCUACACUGAGAUUGUGACACAUCAUCUUUCUAUUUUCAUGAUGCCUAAUAAUAAAGCUGUACUUUUCAGCAAUAUCUUUCCCAUAGGUGUGUGUUCAUGCCACAGUGCAGGACAGUGACCUCAUCGAUGUCUCCAAUCUUUUAAGCUCAUGUUUCUAUCCUAAUUUGAUUGCGGGGGGCACAAGUGGUACAAGUAAAGCUGUACCAUAGCAUAGUACAGCUUUAUUCAAACAGUAAAGCUGCGGGACUGACAGGAUAAAGUAAUGUAUUGUUUUGUUUUCAAUGGUACGGUAAAAAGCAGAUUCAUAUAAUUUUCCUUUGUCUUAUUGCUCCUAUAAUUCAACAUGAAAAUAUGACCUAAUGAUACUAAUGGUGCCAAUUAUCAGAUUUCAGUUGAAUCUUUUUUUUUUUUUCCACAUAUCGGUUCUGUCCAAUAUUGAAAAAUUCUUAUUUUUUCCCCCCCCAAACUGCCACAAUGUCUGUGUCAAAACAACGGGUUAAACAUAAUAUCGAGUUAAUAUGGAAUUAGUAGCACAGUUAAGAUAAAGAUGUGUGUUAUAUUUCAGAUUAUAAACACACUGUUGUACACACAUUGUUCAAAUAUUUCUUUUAUACACACAUAAAUAAGUCUUAGUAUUGGGGAUCACAACAACAAGGGACAACAUAUUGAUCACAACAACAAGGGAAAUAUUGGACCAUCCCAUGUUUUGCUUUCAAAUGUUCUGUAUUACUCCUUGUUCAUCUGAAAUAGUUAUUUGAUUGAGACAGAAAUGGACCAUAACAUGUUUUCUUUUUUUUUAUUCAUGUGACAGUCAGACUGCAGUCCAGACACAUUCAGGUAGACAGUGACACACACCUCUGUACACGGUGAUUUACAUUGAAAAGUUGUACACCUUCAGAACAGGAUUCAUUAAAAUAAAAAACAAAGGGGUGGUAUGCUACAAAAUCAAUGCCGUUUUGUUGAUGAGUUUCACAUUUUGCCAUCACUACUGUAGUAGAACAAAUUUUAAACUCCAUGCAAUGAGAUACUGAAAACACUGCACCAACUGAACUGUCAUACCCUCGAGAGCCUUAGUCUGAGAAAACUACAUGAACACACAAGAAAACAUUGAUUUUGGCACCAACUUCCCCUUCAAAGAAGUCAAAUCAUUUCUAACAAAGAGUGCAUAUUAAUCAUAAAUAAUCAGCAUUUUAAUUAUAUAUUUGUAUUUUCAUAAGUACAGGACAAACCAGACCCUGAACAGCGUCACACAUAGGUUCCAUUUACUGCAAUAACAUACCAGAUUUUACAGUCAACCAAUACCACAGUUGUGUACAUGGGCUGGAGCACUAAAACAGAAUGCUUGUAAUCUUAUUUGAUCUACCACACUGACUGAAGAGAAGACUGAAGCACUGAAAACACUAAUACAAUCAGAGCUGACAGUACUUGAUAAUAAAGUAACGGCCCACACUGAGUUUGCCAUCUUCAGAUCACAGCUGUGGAGUAGUUAACAGCAGCACUUUUACUGCACCAAAUUAAAUAGAGCAUUUCUAUCUAAAUGAACCUUUGCCAAAUAAAGGAUCUAUAAUUGCAGUGGUUGACAAAGUCUCUGAUUAAAUGUCACGCUCUUACUAAAAGUAUAAUCUAAACUGACCGACGUGGGAGUCACCUGACCACUGUGGAUGAUCAUUGUUCUCGGGGUUUGUCCAGUCGACAGAUUUAAACUUUGUCUUUUGCGAUUAUGGGGUUUGAAAAGUGAAAGCAGUCCCACUCACCAUGUUCUGACAAAUAAAUGUUGGCACAAAGAACCUUAACAUCUGCAUGGCUGUUCACAUCAGUUUAAAUCAAUUCAAAGAUUAUACAAUACAUAUAUUAUGGACUCUA